AUGUCCAGCCAGUCCCCAGCCGAAUCGUCGGACCGCGCGGCUGUGGGACAGAGAUCCUGCGCGACCUGCCGUCGACGCAAGGUCCGUUGCGACAAACAGCUGCCUUGCUCGCCCUGCGCUCGGGGCGGCCACGACUGCUCCUACCCGCCCAAGCAGCCGAGGGCGCCGCGGGUCCGCAAAGCCACCAUCAGCGACGUGGCCACGCGCAUCUCCAACCUGGAGAAGACGCUCAUCACCGGCCUGCCCGAGCAUGGCCGCGUCGCCUUCAAGACGCCGCCGAAACGCGCCGAGGGGGGCUUGGCUCCCGCCGCCCCGGCCAGCGCCACCGGCAUGAACCCUCUCCCUGGCGCCGCCAGUCCGCCCGGCGAGAUUUUGCUGGGCAAGGGAUCCUCGAGCCAGUACUUCAACGAGGUGCUCGUGUCCAGAGUGCUUGGCCACGAAUCCCGCGUCCGUUCUGUUCUGGCCAUACCUGCAGCCGACGCUGCACCACGUCCGCCCAUACCGUCGCCUUUCAACCCCAUGGGGCUCUUGUCCAGUCCCGUCCUCUCCCUGCCUCUCUCCAGCUUUCAUCCGUCCAAGACAACAGCUGGCCAUCUGUGGAGGGUUUACGUCGACAAGGUCGACAUCUUCUUCAAGGUACUCCAUGUUCCCACCACCGAGAUCCUCGUCUACACCGUCAUCAAUGACCCCGAUGCCGCCUCCCCCGAAUCUUUAUCCCUCUGCUUUGCCAUUUACUACGCCGCAGCGGUGGCCUUGGAAGAUGCGCCCGACUGCCUUCAGCUUCUGGGUGAGGACUGGCCUAGCGCUCUGCAACGGUACAAGACGGGCAUGGAGCAGGCUUUUGCCCGGGCCGAUCUGCUCGAGAAUCCCACACUUGCCAUGCUGCAGGGUUUGUCAUCCUACAUCUAUUCCUUACGCGCCCACAACACCAGCCGAGCCGUUUGGAUAUUAAAUGGACUGGCCAUCAGAAUAGCCCAGUCUAUUGGUUUGCACAGAGACGGGGAAAACCUGGGGCUUUCGCCUUUCGAAUCCGAAAUGCGUCGUAGGCUGUGGUGGUUUUUCGUGAUGCGAGACAGUCGAGCUGCCGAAGACCUGGGCUUGCAUGCCUAUCCCGUCUCAAGCACCCCCUUGCAUGGCAGCGCCGAGUUGCCCCUCAACGUGGAAGACAGCGACCUAUACCCCGAAAUGAAGGAGCUGCCGCCUCCCCGAAAAGGGUGGACAAAAAUGACAAACACUCUCGCAAACAUUGACAUCACCCAAACCUGCGCUGAUCUGUUGCAGAUGUCCUGGACCAGCCCCUCCGCAGCUCCGCCAAGCUUUGAGGUUCGAGACGGAAUCAUCUCCAAACUCGUCAACAGAGUCGACGAGAUGCUUCACGGCUGCAUUCCCGUUAUACCCGUGCACAGAUUGACCUUGCUGUCGUGUCGUUUCUUGACCCGAAAGAUAGACUUUGUUUCGCGCCAGCAAUGGGUGGCACAGCAUCACCCAGACCGGCAGGAGCUGCUGGCCAACGACGAGACCCUCAACGAGGCAGUCGACUUGUUGAAGAAAUGCGAGGCCAUACUGGAUGACGACCUGCUGUGGCCUUAUUUCUGGUUGAUAAAGUCGCAUCCCCAGUACCAUUUGAUGCUCUUCAUUCUGUGGAGCGUCUGCUACCGCCCAAGAGGAGCCUGUGUUCAGAGAGCCCUUCAGGUCGUGCAGAGCCAUGUACGAAUGACGGAGAUGGCGACCAUGGACAAUUUACGAGGUCCCAAGUGGCGCAUAUUUGAAGCCCUCCAAGCCAAGGCCGCCACUCUCAUACCCCAACCCCCUGCGAACCAGCAGACCCAGCAGACCCAGCAGAACCAGCAGAACCAGCACGGUGGCUCACCCGGCACCGGCCCGCACCUGACAAACAUGCCGCCUCUGGGAGCGGUCGGGCCCGGAGCAGAAGAUCAGGCUGGGGGCAACCACAACACUGGAGGAGGCUUCAUGCUGGGCUGCGCAGCCCGGGAGCUGGCCGACAUGGAUGAUGCGACCAUGUUUGAUGAAAUGCAGUAUGUGCCGGACUGGAGCACCUUGCUCCAAAGUGUAAUGCAGGAAGACGGCAACUUUUCUUUGCUCGUGUAG